CUGGAAUGGCAGGCGACGAGGAUGAAUCUGCUGCUGCGGGGGCUGCUGCUGCUAGUGGAAGCGGCAGUGGUGGAGGUGGUGGUGGUGGUGCGGGGGGUUACGAGCCGCCCCCUUGGAGUGGAGCGCCGGAGGGUGUUGGCUACACGCUCGAGGUGCUGAAGAACGGCACCAUCGUUGAGACCCGCUCCAUCUCCUCCCAGCCCUACUACACCUUUGGUCGCAACCCCGCAGCCGACUUUGUGUUGGAGCACCCCUCCGCCUCGCGACUGCAUGCCGUACUGCAGUUCAACGGCGACACGCGGGAGCCCUACCUGUACGACCCGGGCAGCACCCACGGCACCUUCCUAAACAAGCAACGCAUCAAACCCCGCGUGUUCGUGCCGCUGGCGGUGGGGCACACGGUUCGCUUCGGCGCCAGCAGCCGGCUGUACCUGCUGGGUGGCCCCGCGGAGCUGCUGCCGCCGGAGGGGCUCAGCCGGGAGCAGCGGCGGCAGCUGGCGGCGCUGGAGGCGAGCAUGCGGAUGAGGGAGAAGGAAAAGGAGGCCGCCCAGCGCAGCAUGGCAGCUGCCCUAGCAGCCAGCAGCGGUGGAGGUGGC